AUGCCGAAAGCUAUAAAAAGUGAUGUCCGGAGUAUUAUUCUAAACGUGAAAUCUUUUUUUGAAGAAGAAGCUCGACUGCAAGCUCCUAUCAUUCCGUUUAAUCAAAUAUAUAAACGGAUUUCGGCUGCAACUGGUGUAAGUCAAGGGCUAAUUUCAAAAAUUGUUAAAGAGGGCCAAGCAGCAGAAGAAGCUGGUACCAAAAUUCGCACACCAGGCAAGCAGAGAAUACGAAAAAGGAUGGAUUUGUUCAUG